UGUAACGACCCCCGUCUUCCUGUAGUCUACCAAAUCGAAAGUAGUCUUUAAUUCGUGUAAUUACAUCACUCAUAAGUGACUGAAACAGUUAAUCAUGCCCUGUGAUUGUGUUAUCCAUUUGUAAGACUAAUGUCAAGAUGGCAGAAAAACCAACGGUAGAGGACGGCGAUCUGAAACAUUUUAGGUUAAUUUCCCUUUUAGUUGAAUGUUCAAAAGAAUGCCUUCUAAAAUUAUUUUAUAGUCAGUUGAAAAAACUAAACUUGUCAUUUCAAGAGUUUGUAUCAACUAGAACAGAUAGACUUCAGGAACUGAAGAACGAAGGAGUUUUUACCGAAGAUGAAGUUAAUAUACUCAACCAGUCCCCUGUAAACCUGGAUAAAUUUGAUAUACGGCUGAUAUGCCUGCUGCUACAGCACCUUACUCCAGACUCAAACAGUGCAUCAUACAGCGCAAGUUCACAAGGCGGUUUAGCUAUUCCAGAUGAUGAUGACUUUAGCAUUCUUGCAGAAUUGAGGAGAAUACAAAUAUGUAAAAAUCAAAUCAUGUAUCAGAGAACCAGAGUUGUGGAUGAUGACGAAUUUGACCAGCUAUUCAGUGAGAUACUAGAUACUUGUAUUAGAAUUUUGAAACAAGCCAAAUCUUCUAAAGAAGAUGUAACUGCUAUGCGAAAAAAAAUGAAUGCCCUAAAGAAUUCUAAAAUGGAAGACAUAAAAGGAAACAUUCAGGAAAAUGUUCUGCAAUGUGUACGUUGGAGUGCAGGCGAUAUGGAUGGGAUUCAGACAAGACUUGCUGGUGUUCAGAUAAAAAUGGCAAGCAGUGAGAAGUAUGAUGAGGUUGAUGCCAGUCGUCUGGACAACUUGUCACAUCUUCAGGAGGAGGUUUCCAGUCUGACUACAGAAGUGCAGGCGUUAACAAUUGAAGAGGGCUCGAAAAAUGAAGCUGCUCGAUUUACAGAAGAGCAGAGUGUUGUGCAGCAAGUGGAAACUUCCAGACAGCAACUAGCUGCAGCAUGUGAAACUAUGCAAGAAAAUAUAUUAAACUUGUUGUCUAGAGCACCUAUUGAAAAGGAUGAUAGUUUUGAAAGUAAUACUGAGGGAUGUGGUGUUGGUCAACAACAGAGGCCGAACCAACACAAUAUGCCUAUGGGUGUGCGAUCAUCAACAGUUGAAGAAACAGAACUUCUUGCUGUAUGUGCGGAGAUAGAUCCUGUGGAGCUUCAUAAGCUGAGGAUAAAUCUAGACUUUGAGAUGGCACAAAUGACCAGAUUGGAGGAAGCAUAUCGACAUUUUGAUGAACGUAUCUUUGCAAUGCUGAAAGCUUGGCAUGACACUGUGAUUUCAUGUGAACAAAACCCACGUCACCUCUUAGCAGUGGCCCUGGAGGAUUCGGGGAACCGUCUUCUGGCAAUAAAACUCGUUCCUGGAGAGGAACUAGACAGAAUUGUGCAGAGACGUGCACAUGAAAACACCAAAAAAUGCAUAAAGAAGAUAACAUUUUCAAAGCCGCAAGAAAACCAGGGUCAGGGAGUUAUGAUGAACUAUGGUGCAACAGAGGCAAUAAAUGUGUUCAGUGGUGGGGAGUUAGUGAUUGGUGGAACGAUGACAAUUGGUACAGACAAUAUUGAUUGGAGGUUGCCAUCCGCUGCCAGUAGUUGGUCGACUGGCCUGAGUGGUCCUGCAGGCAGCAGAUCAGAUCUCCCACCAGGCCUGAGUGGUCCUGCAGGCAGCAGAUCAGAUCUCCCACCAGGCCUGAGUGGUCCUGCAGGCAGCAGAUCAGAUCUCCGACCAACCUCCAGUAGUGCCAGUAUCCACAAUUUUGCUCAGCCACAUUCCCUGAACAUCAUGGGGGGCCGUGUGACAACUACUCCUGGCUCACACAUUGCUCUUGGACCAAAUAUGUCAAUGUGGAGCUCACCAUCUCGAGUUGGGUCUGCUAAAGGUGAUAGCACAGACUCGGUGCCAAACAGGCAUGGACAUUUGAAGAAAGAGUUUGACGACAGUUUAUCGCAAACCAUGAUGGACAUAUAUCUGCAGAACAUGAAGUCAGUGGGAGCCAUUAUGUGCUUUAACCAGACAUAUGGGACUGGCUUUAGAGUAGGAACAAAAUACAUUGCAACAGCUAAGCAUGUGAUUUCAACAAUUUUAGACCCAAGAAGAUCUGGAAAAGAAAACAUUUCACAUUUACAACAAGCAUCCAUUGUGUUCAGUGACCUUCCAAAUGAACCCUCUGCCACAAAGUACUACUUCUCACAGUUUUAUUAUUAUGAUCAAGAACUUGAUGUUGCUGUUCUUGAAAUAUCUAACGCCGACGGAAUGAUGCCAAGAGGGCUACGCCUCAGAAAAGAGUUCUUCUGUCGGGCUGAUACAGAUAUUGUGUCCAUAGUUGGGUAUGGGCAUCCAAACCAAAAGAAUCAAAACAAAUAUUUUGAAUAUCGGUGUCCUGUGGUGGAUAGCGAUUCACAAGCAGUUUGUGCUGCACAGGCUUUUGUCCGCCAAAAACAGGCUGUAUUAAAAAAUGGGCUGUUGAAGGGUUAUCCCUUUUCUGUUGUGGACGCAGGUUAUAAAGGCUACGAUGCUCCUUACAGAAUGCUGCUGCAUUGCUUCAUGGAACAUGGGGCAUCUGGCUCGCCAAUCUUGGCCUGUAUAAAUCCAUCAGCAGGGAUUGUAGAGGUAGUAGGGGUGUUAACUUGCGGCAUGCCAGACUUUUUCUUCUGUUUGAAACAAGAGUUCAGAUAUUUGAUCCCAAGCAAGUAUAGAUUUGAAGCAGGAUCCAGAAUGUCUGCUAUCUAUGAAAGCAUGAAAGUCUAUCAAAAGCAAGACUUGGCAGCUGACCUGUUUGUUUAAUUCUUUAAGCAUGCAGGAUGUGUUAUCAUUGUGUAAGCAUACAUGGUGUGUACCUAGUAUAUAAUAUAUAGAAUACACAUAUUGCUCAGAACUAUUUUGCCCAUGACAUUCAGAGUUGCACAAUUAUAAAAAAAAUAUGAAUACAUGUAUAUUUAAAAUGUAUUAUUUAAGUGUGCUAUACUAGGAUGCAAGAUGACGACUAUGGGGUUCACAAAUGGAUGUUAAUGGAUGUAAACACACCAGUAAGAAGUUCUUUUUCAAAUAACUUUUUUUAACAAUUUUUCUUAAGAAUUGCAACAAGUGGAUAAAAUACAGUUUUUAUGCAGUUUGUGGCAAUGUGAAAAAAACAACAGCGGAAUAACUGUAUUUAAUAAGCCUGUGUUCUUGGUAAAAAAUUCGAUGUGUAAUGAAUUCAUAAACACUGUUGUGUGCUGCAUGCGAUGUGAAAUUUUGGCACCAAUUCAGGCGUAUUUUAUAAUGUAUUCUUAAUUCAUAAGCUAUCGGCACAAACUUCCAGAAAAACUGUCUUAUGCGCUAAAGAUGUUUGCAAACAUAUUUCAAUAACUUGAGAUAUUUGCAAAAAUAAAAUUCUUAACGGUGUGUUAACAUUUGAUCCCGUGUAAGCCCAUGAAAACCCCGUUGAUUCUGCACCCUGUAUACCAAUACAUUUGAACAAUUUAUUUGCUUUAUAAUUGGCUCUGAAAAUCCUGUUGACUCUGCAUCAAUACAUUUGAACAAUUUAUUAUACCACCAUUACCAUUGGUAAUGGGGGCUUUAUAGGAGUCACUUUGUCGGUCAGUCGGCCGGUCUGUCGCGAAAUUUCAUCCGAUCCUCACCAAACUUGGUCACAAGUUGUAUCUAGAUGAUGUCAAGUUUGAAGACUGUUUGUGUGAAGCGAAAGAAAUAAGUCGAUAUCUCCAAGGUCAAGGUCGCCACGACUAAAACAAGGGCUGUUUGUAAAACAUGCAUGCCCCCCAUAUGGGCUGUCAGUUUGUAGUGGCAGCCAUUGUGUGAAUACGUUUUUUGUCACUGUGACCUUGACCUUUGACCUAAUGUAAGUUAUCAUCCGGAAACAAUUGUGCUAUUUCGAGUCACUGUGACCCCUAGUGACCUGAAAAUCAAAAGGGGUCAUCUGCCAGUCAUGAUCAAGGGGGAGUGAGAGGGGGGUAUAAUGUGGGGUGUGGUAAUUUAUAAGAUGCUUAAAA